UGGUCACAGAGGGGAGGGGUCACAUGGUCUUCUUAAGGCACCAGUCUCAAUAUAAGCUCACAAAGCACAGACACACAAGCCUUCAUACAAACUCAAGAGGAUAAAGAAACUUUUCUGAAAGGGAACUUGUGCUCCACUGGAACAUGGGUACGCGUGGAUCCAAACCCAAGAAACAAGCGCAGGUCUUGAUGCUGGGUCUGGACGGCUCAGGGAAGACAACACUGCUCUACAAACUGAAAUACAACGAGAGCGUGGUAACUGUACGGACGGUGGGUUUUAAUGUGGAAACCCUGGAAACCGACAGGAGCAGUCCAGAACUGACAGUGUGGGAUGUUGGGGGUCAGAGGAAGAUGAGGCCCCACUGGAAGCAUUACUAUCCUGACACCGCUGGCUUGAUGUUUGUGGUGGACAGCUGGGAUGAGAAGAGGCAGGAUGAGGCCUGCAAGGAACUCCAUCGGGUUCUGAGACACAAAAGUCUUAAAGAAGUUCCUCUUGUAAUUCUGGCCAACAAACAGGAUCUCCCUGGUUGCUGGAGUCCAGAAGCCCUCAGCCUGAAACUGGACCUGAGAAGGGUGUGUGCUGGAAGGGCGUGGUUCAUUCAGCCCUGCUCAGCCGUCACUGGGAUGGGGCUUGAGGAGGGUUUCAGGAGAAUGGUGUAUUUGAUGAAGACUCCACUGAGGCAGACUCAAGAGCACAUCAAGUUAACGAUGAAAGCAAAAGGCUUGAAGUUCACAUCAGCAAAAAAAGUCUUUUUUUGUUGCAGCUGAUAUCUCUUUUGUUCAUGCUGGAUUUACUUUUGUCUUCUUAUGCUGCGUAUUUGCAGACAGCAAAGCGGAUGCAUCUAUGAGCUCAAAGAGGUUAGGGAGAAGGGCGGCUUCCCAGAAAUCAUGGAACAAGCAGAAGAUCUGCUGGGAAUAAGAAAAUAAGAAACCAAGAGCAUUAAGGGAAAGCUUUUGGGUUUUGAGGAUAUACAUUUAUAUAUAGAUAUAUAAAUAGAUAUCUAUAUAUCUAUCUAUCUAUAUAUAUAGAUAGAUAGAUAUAUGAUAUAUAUAUUUUUAUUCAAAAUGUGUUUGUCUUCUGAAACAAAAUGAUAUUGAUUUAAUGACUUGUACCAAAUCAGUGAGAACUUAACCCUUGUGCUUUCCUGUGGGGUCCAGAUGACCCGAUCCUUACAUUGACGUGUUCUUCCUACCAUGACAAAGGUGGAUUAAGGUGAAUAGGAUU